AUGCAAGAGGAACUGCAUCAACUUGAAAGAAACAAGGUAUGGAACCUGGUACCUAGACCCUCAGACAAAACCAUCAUAGGGACCAGGUGGGUAUUCAGGAAUGAGCUUGAUGAACAUGGAAGUGCUACAAGGAACAAAGCAAGGUUUGUUGUCAAAGGGUUCAAUCAAGAGGAAGGGAUCGAUUACGAUGAGACUUUUGGACCAGUAGCUCACAUGGAAUCUAUUAGGAUCCACAUUGCCUUUGAUUCACAAAUGGAAUUCACCUUAUUCCAAAUGGAUGUGAAGAGUGCCUUCCAAAUGGUUUUCUCAAAGAAGAAGUGUAUAUCAAGCUACCUCCAGGAUUUUGAACGUCAUGUACAUCCUGAACAUGUAUUCAAAAUUGGAUAA